UCAGUAUUACUAUUAGUAGAAGGCGAAGAACGACGAAUUUGAUUUUCUUUCAACUUUUUUCUCGUCAACCAAACGAACGGAGAAGCUCCUUCCUGGAGAAUGCGAUCCACGGUUUGCUGCUCGCUUUCUCCUUCUGUGUGGCCAUUGUUCCUGUUUGUUUUCUAAGGCUUCUUCGUGAUCCUCGUUUGCGGUUUGGUUUCCGGAGCCUCUGCUUUCCCGAGCUGAAGAGUCUGAGCUAGAAAAUGGUGUCGAUCUCGAUGAAGUUCGGGUUAUCGUUAUUCGUAUUUUCUCUAAUUUUAUAUCCGUCGGAUUCUGCGGUGUCGAGCAUAGAUCUGGGCUCUGAAUCGAUUAAAGUUGCGGUCGUUAAUUUGAAACCUGGUCAGAGUCCAAUUUCGAUCGCAAUCAAUGAAAUGUCGAAGCGCAAAUCGCCGGUCUUGGUAUCUUUUCAAUCAGGAACUCGUCUACUCGGCGAGGAAGCGGCUGGUCUCGUUGCGCGGUAUCCUAGUAAGGUGUUCUCCCAAAUCAGGGACAUGGUUGGGAAACCCUACAACUAUGCUAAAACUUUGACAGACUCAUUGUACUUACCAUUUGAUAUUGUGGAAGAUUCGAGGGGUGCUGUUGGAUUCAAAACUGAUGACAAUGUGACUGUUUACUCGGUUGAGGAAUUGUUGGCGAUGGUUUUGGCUUAUGCUUCGAAUUUAGCGGAGUUCCAUUCGAAAGUGCCGGUGAAGGAUGUCGUAAUUUCUGUGCCACCAUACUUUGGACAAGCAGAGAGAAGUGGGCUACUUCAAGCAGCGCAACUGGCUGGGAUAAACGUGCUUUCAUUGAUCAAUGAACAUUCCGGCGCAGCGCUACAGUACGGAAUUGAUAAGAAUUUUUCCAAUGAGUCGAGGCAUGUUAUUUUCUACGAUAUGGGUUCAAGCAAUACUUACGCGGCGCUUGUUUAUUUUUCAUCGUACAACGCGAAGGAGUUCGGGAAGACUGUGUCAAUUAACCAGUUUCAGGUGAAGGACGUUAGAUGGGACCCAGAACUUGGGGGCCAGAAUAUGGAAUUACGGCUGGUUGAAUAUUUUGCUGACGAGUUCAAUAAACAAGUUGGAAAUGGUGUGGAUGUAAGGAAUCAUCCAAAAGCUAUGGCAAAAUUGAAGAAACAAGUUAAACGAACCAAAGAAAUUUUGAGUGCAAAUACAGCUGCUCCAAUAUCAGUUGAGUCUCUCUUUGAUGAUCGAGAUUUUAGGAGCACUAUAACACGGGAGAAGUUUGAAGAGUUGUGUGGAGAUUUGUGGGAGAAAUCUCUUUUACCUGUGAAAGAUCUACUAAAACAUUCAGGUUUGAAAAUGGAUGAGAUAUAUGCGGUGGAGUUGAUUGGAGGUGCUACAAGGGUGCCAAAAUUGCAGGCAAAACUCCAGGAGUUCCUUGGAAGGAAUGAGCUGGACAAACAUCUUGAUUCUGAUGAAGCUAUUGUACUUGGUGCAGCUCUCCAUGCUGCUAACUUAAGUGAUGGAAUCAAAUUAAACCGAAAGCUUGGAAUGAUUGAUGGCUCUUCCUAUGGAUUUGUUGUAGAGUUAAAUGGCCCUGAUCUUUUAAAGGAUGAGAGCAGUAGGCAAGUGCUUGUACCACGCAUGAAGAAACUACCCAGUAAGAUGUACAGAUCAGUUGUCCAUAAUAAGGAUUUUGAAGUUUCACUUGCAUAUGAGAAUGAUCUUCUACCACCUGGCGUCAGCUUUCCUGUAUUUGCUCAAUAUGCCGUUUCUGGUUUGACGGAUACAAGUGAGAAGUAUUCAUCUCGGAAUUUGUCAUCUCCCAUUAAGGCAACUUUACACUUCUCUCUCAGUAGAAGUGGAAUUUUGUCUUUCGAUCGGGCUGAUGCUGUUAUUGAGAUAUCUGAAUGGGUAGAAGUACCUAGAAAAAAUAUUUCAGUUGAAAAUUCUACGAUUUCUUCGCCCAAUGCAACAGUUGAUGAUUCUGGAAAUACUUCAGAAGGAAAGAAUGACACCUUGAUCCCUGAAAAUGCUGGGAUUGGUAACACAUCCGACCCCAGUGUAGGAGAACAAAGUACAACUGAACCCGCUACUGAAAGAAAGCUGAAAAAGCGAACUUUUAGAAUUCCACUAAAGAUUGUUGAGAAGACUUUGGGACCAGGAAUUGCUCUUUCUAAAGAAUCUUUUGCUGAAGCCAAAAGUAAAUUAGAAGCACUGGACAAAAAGGAUGCGGAGAGAAGAAGAACGGCUGAGCUUAAAAAUAACUUGGAAGCAUAUAUAUACGCUACCAAGGAAAAGUUUGAAACCUCCAGUGAGCUGGAACAGAUCUGUACAAGUGAGGAACGUCAAGCUUUUAAUGAGAAACUUGAUGAGGUACAAGACUGGUUAUAUAUGGAUGGUGAAGAUGCCUCUGCUACAGAAUUUCAAGAACGCCUUGACAUGUUAAAAGGCUUUGGUGAUCCAAUAUUCCUCAGAUUGAAAGAGCUAACUGCAAGACCCCAGGCUGUUGAACUUGCUCGCAAGUUUCUUCUUGAGCUGAAAACGACCAUACAAAACUGGGAGACCAAGAAGCCGUGGGUUCCAAAAGAUAGAAUUCAAGAGGUUUCAAAUGAUGGAGAUAAGUUCAAGAUCUGGUUGGAUGAGAAGGAAGCUGAACAGAAGAAGAAUUCGGCAUCCAGCACCCCAGCAUUUACAUCCGAAGAUGUAUACUCGAAAUUCCUUAUUCUUCAAGACAAGGUUACCAGCAUCGACAGGAUUCUGAAACCAAAGCCUAAGAUCGAGAAACCCGUGAAUGAAUCAGAGAGCUCUAAUUCGUCGACUGAUGAGAGCUCGUCUCAAGGCGACAAAUCAGCCAAGGACUCGGAGAAUCCAGCAAGUGAAGAUUCCAAGCCCGAGUCCAAAACCGAAGCCGAAUCUAACAAUCACGACGAGUUAUAGUAGAAUUACAAUAGGUAAUUAGUUCAAGUUUUGAUUUUAUGCCUCCUAGAUUCGAGAUAUGAGAGGUCCUAGGGGAAGAUAGAGUGGAGAUGAGAUGAGAUGAAUAGCGCUGUGUAAGAGGACAGUAUAUUCUAAUGCCCACUUGAUUAAAAAGUAGCUCAACCCUAUACGUAAACAACUUUGUGAGUUUUGAAUCUUUUGAUUAUUUGUUUUACAGAUCAGAAAUUUUGUUGAGUACUAUAAAUUCGUGUACUGUUUUAAAGAAAAUCAAAGAAAAGUUACCUCUGGA